GGGAGCUGGUCUUGGUACCAUAAGGAAUUUACAACAAUGGAAGAGCGGAAAGUGAAGAGGAGGAGUCCUAAGUCUUUUAGUGCCCACUCUACUCAGGUUGUUAAUGCCAAAAAAAAUGCCAUUCCAGUCAGUAAAAGUACAGGGUUUUCAAAUCCUGCCACACAGUCCACGUCACAGCGGCCAAAGUUAAAAAGAGUGAUCAAAGAAAAGACCAAACCUCAGGGUGGAGAAGGGAAAGGUGCCCAGUCCACGCCAAUUCAGCACUCUUUCCUCACCGACGUCUCUGAUGUGCAAGAGAUGGAGAGAGGCCUCCUCAGCCUCCUGAAUGAUUUCCAUUCUGGGAAACUUCAAGCCUUUGGAAAUGAAUGUUCCAUUGAACAGAUGGAGCACGUUCGGGGAAUGCAGGAGAAAUUAGCUCGCUUGAAUUUGGAGCUUUAUGGGGAGUUAGAGGAGCUUCCUGAGGAGAAGAGAAAAGCCGCCAGUGACGCCAAUCUGGAGAGGCUUCUGUCUGAUUUAGAAGAGUUGAAUUCUUCCAUACAAAAACUACACUUGGCAGAUGCACAAGACGUCCCAAAUGCUUCUACUAGCUAA